GUUCAUUUUUCAAUAUCCUGUUUCGUUGUACCCCAUCUUCAUUCGAUCGUUUCGUAACGUAUAGGAAGAGAAGGUGGACUUAGUUCAUAGCAGUGGCUAAAAAAAUAAUUAUGAAGUUAGCUAUUACUGUUUUCCUCUUCACCCUGUAUGUCACCUGUGCGGUUGCGAGAUCUCCUCCAAAGCCAGGAUGUGAUGGAGAUAGCUGCCCAGGUCCUCUAAAACUAUAUAAAGAAUUGGGUUGCCAGCCGAUUAAAAGGAAUCCUGAUGAUUGUUGUGCUAUGAAAUACGACUGUGAUCACUUAAAGUCAAGAUCACACGACAAAUGUUACGCUUUUGGCAACGAAUACAAUCCCACUGAAGCAAUAAGUAAGGAAGAUACCGGCUGCCUUCCCACAUGUACCUGUAUCAAAAUAGAAGAUGAAAAAGCAACGUGGGCUUGUGCCUCGGUUUACAUCCCAGUAUCAACCGCUGCUGGAUGCUACCACCCACGAAACGCUACAAUGUGCUUCCCUGGACCUGAAACUUGUCCUCCGAAUCCAGAGGAUAUUCCCAAGUGUGAAGUAGAUGGAAAGACUUUUGAGGAUGGUGACUAUUUCGAGCCAGAAGGAAAACCCAAGAAAGCCUGUUGGUGUGGUCCCGGUUAUAAAGGAGAAAAUACAAUGCCGUUCUGUAGAAACAUGAAGGAUGAGAGGUGUGGAUAUGAAUUGAAAUAUAGAUCGGAAUUAGAGAAGCACUGUGCUCCAGUUUGGAAAAUGGAACAAGAGCCUGCAGUUGAAUGCAAUCCGAUGUGGCGAUGUCAAAAAGCCGGUGAUGAGAUAACUCCAAGAGAGAAAGCCCUCGGAGUUCCGGAAAAUGACACCCCAGAUCCUGUGGGGAUGACAUGUCGAAUUGGAGACCUAAAUAUGCGUCUUGGGGAUGAAUUAAAUGAGAUAUCUGCGGAUGGUCCAGACUGCAUCAAGUGUGUAUGCGAAAUUCCACCAGUGGCGACUUGUGCGAAAAUUCCCAAGAGUGUUUGCCUCAUGACCGCUGAGGACCUCAACGAUUCUGAUGAGAAAAAAUCAUAGAUUAAGCACAAGCAGAUACUUCGACCGAAAAGAAUUCCUUCUACUCUGUUGCUUAAUAUUAUAUCUACUAUUAAAAGUGUGCAAGAUGUUUUCGGUCUUCGUUGAAGGAAAUCAUUCAUUGUUAUAAAAUAUAUAAAACAAUCAAUGUUAUUGAAAA